GCUGUCAUCAGUUGUGAACGAGAAUCGCGGUGUGAUUGUUGUGCAGCUAUUUUCCUGUCUUUUCAGUAGGUUGACGCAGAAGAGUGUCAGAUUUUUUUUUUCUUUUUGCGCUGUUUAGGCAAAGGUGAAGGUGAAACCACUGCCAGCGGAAAGUGAAGAAAAAAUGUGAUUAGGUGCCAUUAUCGGGGGCAUUCGCGUCUGUAUUGUUGAUUAAUCGUUUAUUCGGUAGUUCCGGUAAUCGCUGGAAGUGGAAGUUAUCGCAAUAGAUAGUUGGGGAGGUGGUUUUUCGAGCUAGAGAAAAAGUGGAUGAAAAUGAUGUCAUCGGCCAUGAUUAUCGCCAGUGUUGUUUUCUUCUGAAAAUGAUGGUUCAAUGCAGUAAAACAACGUAGUUGGGUGGCACUGAUGUGGCUGUGGCAUGCGGAAUGUGUGGAUAGUAAUAAUAAUUUGUGAUUUUUACUAACGGAUGGUAAUUACAGAGUGAAUAUUGUUGUUGAAAAAACGAUACCAAAGGAAGAGGAUGAGAAUCUUGUUUUUGUUGCAUGACAAGGUGAAACAUGUGGAAGACGUAGCUCGUAGUGUGUAGAUAAAGUAGCACAACAGCUGUGUUUUACUCGAAUAGUGAGGUAAAAAUAGAAGCAAAGUACUAAGCGAAGUGAUUUACAUAUUGAACCCAAGUUCAUCUUCCUGGUGAUUCAAUUUGGAUUUAUCAGUGCGACCACAGUUAGCGGAACGUCUCCACGAUGGUGUUCGAGAGCAUCGUCGCCGACGUUCUGAAUCGAUUUGUCGGCGAAUAUGUGGAGAACUUGGAUAAGAAGCAGCUCAAGAUUGGAAUAUGGGGAGGUGAUGUCGUAUUGAACAACUUAAUUCUGAAGCAGAGCGCUCUCAAGGAGUUAGACCUACCGGUUAGCACACUCUACGGUCACCUUGGGAAACUGGUCCUCAAAAUCCCAUGGAAGAAUCUGUACAGCGCUCCAGUGGAAGCUAUAGUUGACAAGCUAUACAUUCUAGCCGUACCCAAUACCGACAUCCGUUACAAUGCCGAAAAAGAAGACAAAAACUCCUUCGAGGCAAAGAAAGCGGAACUGCUCCGCAUCGAGCAGGCCAAAAAGAACGAAGAAGAAAGGGACAAGCCCGUGGCGGAUAAAACGUUCACCGAAAAGCUAACCGCACAAAUAGUCAACAAUGUACAGAUCAAAAUUUCGGAUAUUCACAUCCGGUACGAAGAUACCACCACAACGGGCUUUCCGUUUGCAUUUGGCGUGACCUUGAGCAACUUGAGCGUCCACACCACCGAUAAGAAUUGGAUGCAAACCCUGGUGUCGGAAUCCGUUACCAAAAUCUACAAAAUGGCUCAGAUGGAAAUGCUGUCGGUUUACAUGAACUGCAACACCCAGCUGUUCCAGGAUCAAGAUCCGUCCAUGUACAAAAUGUUGUUCCAGGAAACGAUCGCUAGCAAGUUUCACAAGCCGGAAGGGUACCAUUACAUCUUCGGUCCCAUCAGUUCCGGUGCACGACUGGAGAUGGUUCCGAAUCCGGAAUCGGAGGAGCGUCCGUUCUCCUCACCAAAGAUAAAACUGAAUCUGUGUAUGGAAACAUUGGCGAUUGGUAUUACUAGGGUACAGUUCCAGAACACGAUGCAGUUGGUGGAAGCGUUCGGCAGAAUGAUGCGAGCCAUGCCGUACCGGAAGUUCCGUCCGUAUGGCAUUGGGUAUAAAAACAACUACAAGGAGUGGUGGUACUUUGCGUACGUUUGUGUGCUGGAGGUGGAAGUUCGAAGGCGUCGCCGAAACUGGUCCUGGGAGAACAUGAAACGACAUCGGGACAAUCUGAACCGAUACGAGGAAGCGUACAAAGUACAGCUGACGGCGAAAAAGUUGACUCCGGAAAUCAUCACUCGUUGUGAAGACCUGGAACGGGUGUUGGAUUUGCAGAACAUUAUUGUUAUCAGAAAGAAGGUGGAGUUGGAAGUGCAAAAGGAAGGGAAGAAGCAAGAAGCGGAACAGAAAAGCGGAUGGUUUAGUUCUUGGUGGAGUGGAGGUGCCAAGAAAGUGGAUGACGCGAGUAAUACUACGGAUAUAAAGAAACAGUUCGAGGCUGCCAUGACGCCGGAGGAAAAGGCCAAGCUGUUCAAAGCUAUCGGCUAUCAGGAAAGCGAUUCUCCUACAGAGCUUCCCGAGUAUUAUGUGGCUCAAAUUCUGCAAUUUGAACUGAAUUCUCUGGAGGUUUCGAUCAAAUCGGAAGUGUCCGUGGGUUCGCAGGAGAAAUUGGGCAGCCCAAGUCGGCUACUGGAAAGGGUGAUGAUGUUGGAAUUGAAGAACGUGAAAUGUGGCGUGCAGCAAAGGCCUUCGGCUGGAGCGUUGAAGGCCACGCUUCAAAUGGAAGAGCUAACCAUUUCCGGAUUGAGACAAGGAGAAGUUCUUCCAAUCAUGGUAAGAUCACAGCUGGAAGAAUCCGACACCCUGUUAGAUGUUUCUUUUGAAACCAACCCGGAAGAUAAACUGUGUGACCAAAGAGUGGUGGUAACGUCACGGCCACUGCAAAUUAUCUACGACGCGGAAACCAUUAUCCAAUUGACCAAAGUAUUCACGACUCCACGGACGGCAACCAUCUCUCAACUCACAGAUGCGGCCGCCGAGAAGUUGGUUAACAUCAAAGAGCGAUCGGCUACCGGUUUGCAGUACGCUAUCGCAAACCAUCCACGUCUGGAGUUGAACGUGGACAUCAGCCCUAGUUACAUUAUCGUUCCGCAUGGAGGCUUAUUCUGCCACCAAGAAUCGGUGCUAGUCGUUAGCUUGGGUAAGUUGAUGGUUCAAACUGAGCCCCGUCCAAUCAACCAAAAAGAUGUCCACACAAUGCACGAAGAGGGUGCCAGUCAGGAUGAAAUUCUUCGGGAAAUCAUCCGUCAAAGUUACGAUAAGUUCGUUCUGGAGAUUCGCGACGUGCAGGCAAUUGUCGCCACUCUGGACGAAGAUUGGCAAGGGACGCUUCGCUGCAGUACCGUGACAGAGAUGCAUAUAUUGGAACCAACGUCGUUCCGGAUUUCCGCCCAUCUCUCGGUGCUGGAUGAUGAUCCGAGGCUUCCCAAGUGCAAAAUUUUUGGUGAAUUACCGUCGGUCAACAUUUGCGUUACUGAACAACGCGUUCUGGAAGCGCUCUCGAUCGUGACGAGUCUGCCCUUGCCGGAGAGCGACGAAAUCCAGCCAGCUCCAAUUGCGAAGGAUAGCAAUGUGUUUAGCUCGAGCUUGUCGCUGUUAAAAUAUCUGGACGAAAAACAACAGAAGCUGACCAAAAUUCAACGACCGGUAGAGAAUUUGAAUACUUCUGAUGCGUUGGACGGCGAAGUGGUACAGUUCAUCGAUCUGGAAGUGCGAUUUGUACUGAAUGAAUGUUCUCUAACCAUUUUCAAAAUAAGUGGAACUGGAACCAGCUCGUCGGAAGUUUUCACCACCCCAACCGAAGAGUUCCCACAGUCACCACUGGAUCAAACCCUAAUGCAGCGGAAGAGUGUGACGUUCAACGUUCCGUUUACCCACGUGAAUUCCCAGAAAAUUGUGGCCUUCAAGGUGAAACAGCUGGAGAUGAACAUGGUACAGCGAACGUACGAUCUGAAGGUGGCACUGAAACUGGGUGCCGUAACGUUGGACCAAUUCCGCGUUAGGAACGAACAGGAGAAUGUGCUGAAUGUGAUCCAAACGCCAAAGUAUGAGGAUAAUGAUGAUUAUCUGUUCACACUGAACUACACGAACUGCAAGAAAAACAGUCCGGAGUUCACUACCAAGUACGAAUCCGUGGAACAGGAAGUUGGAAUAAACUUUUCUACGUUGGUACUGUUGCUUCACGAAGAGGCAUUGAAUGAAAUCAUUAGGUUGGCAAACGACUUCCAAAUGCGUAUGGAAGCAGUUAUGAAUAGUAAAAAGGAACAAGAGAUGCCGCCGCGCGAUCGAAUUGCAACUAUUUACGAAGAGGAGAGCACCGCUUCGGUGUUGCUGCACGCAGCGAAGGAGAAGCUGCCUACCAUCCUGGAGGAUGAAACGGCCACUGCUGAGCAGUCCACUAAAGCUAAUCGUAAACGACUAUCAAUUGUAGACAGCAUUAAGAUCAGAGUGAAGGCCAAGCUGGAGGAUGUCACGGUGGAGCUGCAGAAUGAUAAACGUUCUAUCGCUGUACUUGAGGUUCAAAAUCUAACCAGCAGUGCGAUUGUGAAGUCGUCAUACACUGAGGUGAACAUCCGUCUGGAGGAUAUUGUUCUGACUGAUAUUAAUCCUGCAACGAUUCAUACGAAGAUUCUGUCGAUCAUCGGAGACAAUGCCCUACAGGUUCAGGUUGUCCUGUUUGACCUGGCAGCGACCUCGGACUACAAUUCCGAUGACAUGCGUGUCGAAGUGACGAUGGGUUGUGCUCGCAUUGUGUUCCUGAAUUGGUUCGUAACGUCGGUGUUGGCCUUCUUGGACAAUUUCCAAGCGGCACAGCAGCGAAUCAAAGAAGCCAGCGCGGCAGCUGCUGAGGCUGCCAAGAACAACGUUGUCGAAGCGUACAGUAAAGCUACCCGGAUGAAGCUGGACAUCAAGGUAAAGGCUCCGAUUAUAGUGAUACCGGUGGAUUCCAAGAGCUUGAAAGCGGUGGCCAUGGACUUCGGUCAUUUGAGCAUAACGAACAACUUCCGCGAUAUUGCCACGGAGAACACACACGGUCCGGCGGUGAUCGACGAGAUGAAGAUUGAGCUGAAGGAUAUGAAGCUUUCGAAGGUCGAUGUUUGCCCGUCGGAGGAGAGUCAGAUGUCGCACGUGUCGCGGUACGGAUCGGACGAUAUGAUUUAUGGAAUUGUUCCUGAUCAGAGCGCAGUUCUCAGUCCAACUAGUUUCACGCUGAUUAUGAAGAGGAAUCUUUCCUCCGGGUGGUACCGUGAUCGACCGGAUAUGGAGAUAUCCGGGCGGCUAAAAGCGGUUGAGCUCAACUUUAUUGCUACGGAUUAUAGCGUGAUCAUGCAAAUUCUGUCCAAAAACAUGACAGAAGGUCAGAACGAGUUCAAAAAGCCUGUGCUUAAAACGGAGAAGUCACCCAUCAGUCCUCAAGUCAUUAACUAUACUACUUCCGCCGCUGGCAUAUCUGCAUCAUCCGAUGCUAAAACCAACUGGUCCGCUGUAGCCAAGCGUGCCACUGCUAAACCUUUCGGCGUGGACGUGGCUCAAUUGAAGGCAAAACAGGAAGCCGCAGCACGUGAGAAGGAAGCUGCCAAACAAAAGGUGGACACAUUCCUGAAGUUCAGCUUCCAGAUCGAUAGUAUCAACAUCAAGUUGUACACUGCUCCGGAACAAGGACUGGCCGGUUUCGAAAUCUACUACCUGUCCCUCCAGGGAAAGAAGUUAACCGAUGGCUCGCUGAAUACGGCCAUCAUUUUGUGUGACAUUCGACUGGACGAUAUUCGUCCGCACCGGGAGAAUAUGUUGACGCGGAUGAUGGAACGACGGUCGAAUGAUCCCAAGAUAAGCAUCGCCAGUGGAAGCGAUGAUGAGGAAACGGCUGCCUUGAUGGCUCCGCUCCACUCGAUGAUCGAUAUCACGUUCAACAUGAAGGAGAACGACAUGUUUGCUGAUGUGAAGGUUUCCAGUUUUAAUUUAAUUUUGUCGGUGGACUUUCUGUUAAAAUUGCAACAGUUUUUGCAACCGGAAGAGCUGGUGGAACAGAAGGCGCUGCAGGCAGCGGAGGAGCAAGCCAGACGAGAACGGAAGUCUAGCACUUCUAUUGCUCCCACGGAAAAAUCCGAAGUCGGUCAGAUGACGUUCAUAAUCAAAAUCGAACAACCCGAUAUCAUUCUGGUGGAGCAGAUGGACGACAUCAACUGUCACGCUCUGAUUCUGAACAACGAAAUCUCCCUAAACGUGCGCCUGGUGGGCGAACGUCAAGUGAUCAAAGGUGAACUUAAAGACUUCUGUCUGUACUACGCGGAGUUCAAUCCGGAGCGACGCAACGAUACCAAACACUUUGUGAUCAACCCUUGUUCGAUUAGUUUGAACGGGUCGACGCCCGAGGGCAAGGGUCUGCAUCUGAGUUUGAACUCGACCAAUAUCAAGAUCAGUGUCUCGCCGGCCGUUAUUGAACUAAUGAACAAUGCUUUGCAAACGCUGACGGCAAACGAACAGGCUAAACUGGAUGAAACGCAAGCGCCGGAGGAUUAUAGCAGACUUUGGGAUAUCAAAGGGUAUGAUCCGGAUGAUUUCUGGUUUAUUCGGCCGGAGUUGGCCGAGGAUGCGCUGAGUUUGGAGUCUUUGCGUACGAUCGACAUCAAGGAGGAGAAGUGUAUGGUUGAAGUACCUUCCAUAUCUCUGAUCAUCGAAACGGGCUUGGGGAUUAAUACUAUUCCUAUGCUUUUCAUCGAAACUAGCAUGCAGGCAGAGGUUUCCAACUGGAGUUCGGAUAUGAACAUUAGCAGCUCUCUGCGGUUGAGCAUGUCGUACUAUAAUCAGGCGUUGGCGCUGUGGGAAUAUGUUAUUGAGCCGAAUGAGGUGGAACAGCCUAACGGAGCAAUCGAGAACGUUCCAUGGGAAUUGACCUUCGAGCUUGAAGUGGAUCACCACGAGGAUCGCUCGAGAGAUCCCACCACCAAAAUCAACAUAGCCUCCAGAGAUAGCUUGGAAAUGACGGUUAGCAAGACCUGUUUGGAUGUGUUCCAAAAUUUGGGGAAGGCUUUCUCAGAGGCGAUCAAACGAGAGGGAAUAGUGAAGGCAGAGAUUGUUGCCCCGUAUACGGUUCAAAACGAUACCGGUCAAGACAUUAAAAUUAAUUUUGUCAAAGGAGAUUUCGUUAUACACGCAUCUCACUUGCAAUCGAACAAAGUGGACGAACUGAUUGCUAUCGAGCAGACUGGUGAACAGGAAGUUAAUAGCUGUAUUGUGAUGCCGAACGGUCGACUGCAUUUGGAACCCCGCGAAAAAGACUGUGAUCUGUCAAUGCUCACUGUGAUGCAAGACAACGAAAAUAGCGCUAAGAAGAAGUUCCUCAAAGUGAUCAUCGGAGAUACGGAGAAGGAACUGAAUCUUCCGGUCUACAAGUCCGACAAGCGAUACUUCCCCAUUUUCCGCAAGACCGAUCAGGACCCUUGGGCCAUCAUCUCCGAGGUAAAGAUCGAGCACGGCGCCACUGUCGUGGUGUUGCGAGGAAUCGUCCAAAUCUACAACCACUUCACUGCCCCCAUCUACGUUCAUCAGUUCAUCGACCACGAGAAGUACGUGGUCGGUGAAGUUCGCCCGGGAGGAUUCUUCAACGUGCCGUUGUAUUUCCUGUACAACCACAUGGAUCUGCACUUUUCGAUGAAGGGUUACCACUCGUCGGCGCAGGGAAUCAGCUGGAAGGAGUCGCCCAACAAUUUGAACAUGAUCAAAUCGUUGCAGUGCGACCCGAUCAGGACGUUUGAGCCGUUCUAUAUUAAUGCCGUUCGCGAACGUCACGACGUGUUCCACGAGGUCACCUCGAAGCACACCAUGCUAAGCGCUUGCUUCGAGAUUCACCUGCGGCCACCGUUGAUGCUGCGGAACGCAUUGCCCAUCGGGUUGACCAUUUCGGUGGCGGGAUGUUCGGUACGGCGUGAGCUGGAGGCCGACAUAAUAACCAGCACCGAGAGUCUAUCCACCCAGUCGACCAUCGUUGGUGAAGACUACCUGGACUAUGGAGAGAAGUUGCUCCGUCCGGGAGAACUGCUGCACCUUCCGACGGUGAAAACAGCGGCCCGAUCAGCUACGGAAACAUCUUACAUCGUAGCAAGGCUCGUGAAUUACCUGGAAAAAGAUUGGUCCUGUACUACGGAGAUUCCAGCGCAACCGCCGGAGUUUGGCGUAUGGACUUUCAAUGCCUACGAUUCGGUGGAAGUUAUGUCCCUGCAACUUGGUGUUAAAUACGAAAAUCGCACGGAUGGAUUGACACUAACAGUAUACUGCCCCUUCUGGAUGCUCAACAAGACGGGUUUGAUGCUCAGCUAUCGGAAAUCGCGUAAAACCGAGAAGAAAGAGCUGGCGGGCAAAAACACCACGUACAAGCCCAACGAUGAGAACACCAACAUCCUCUACCAUCCGCCGGAAUACGAGGGACCGAUUCUGUUCUCGUUCCGGGAGAAGGCAUUCUUCGGCAAAAAGAAAGCCGCCAUCCGGGUCGAUACCGGCGAGUGGAGCGAGAAAUUUUCUCUGGACGUGGCUGGAUCGAGCGGGGUGAUCGAUUGCCACGCGAACCAUAUGACUUAUCAGAUUGGAGUGCACAACACCCUGACAAAUAACUCCCUGACCAAGCAGAUCGUGUUCAUGCCGUACUUCGUGCUAAUCAAUCGGGCGGAUUUUGACGUAGAAGUGCAAGAACAUUUGCGCCCGGGUGAUCCCUGGACCCGGGUCAAGCGUGACGAUUGCGUUCCCCUAUGGCCCAAAACGGAAGAGAACCGAAUGCUGCGGGUGAAGGCAGUCGACCAGUCGCAAAUUACGGCUCCCUUCAAGUACACCGAAGUGCAGUGUACGUUGUUGCAGUUGAAGAACCGAUACGGUGGGAUCAGUGUUGAUGUACACGUUACGGAAGGCGCCAUCUACAUUACGUUUACGGGGUACCACGCGGGUGAUGCUCCAGCAAUGCUGAUCAAUCACACGGUUGAGGCGUUUGCUUUCAAGGAGAAAGGGGAUGUAAAUGGUAAGAUUUUGAUGCCGAACCAAAUGGUAUUGCACACGUGGGUCAAUCCAGCCGGUGAGAGGAAGAUCGUUUGGGACAGUGGAGCUAAACUGGUUACGAUCGAGAACGAUCUACGACGGGACGAUAUUAGUGAGUUUAAAUCUCCAACGGAUAGGGACAUCUAUUGGGUAUCGUUCUUGAAUGGUACACAACGGGUGUUGCUGAUCACCGAUAAUGCCAAUAUCGCAUACGGGGUACACAGUGCCAGUCGACUGGAUCAGGUGACGCAAGAGAUAAAACUGGAAAUUCACGGCGUUGGUCUAUCGCUGGUGAACAACGUGAUUCAGAGCGAUCUGAUGUACAUAGGAAUCGCGAGCUCCGGAGUAAUUUGGGAGGAAUGCAAGCGUUCCGGUCGCUUCAAGCAAAUGAAGAUCCAGGAAACGUAUAACGUGGAAAAUCUGUACCAGCAAUACCUCCGGGACGUGGAGGUUGGCGCCGCCUCCAACAAGAAGUACUAUCUCGAAGGCGAACGGCGUGCCGAAAUAGACUUCUUCAAUCGGAUCAUCAAAAAGUCCACCGAUAGAGCGAUCAAGCGAACCUUCUACCCCGGUCUGUGGUUCGAGAUCAAAUCGUCCUCUCAUCAGAUGCAGUUCCACGCAAAGAUUAACCGCAUCCAGAUCGACAACCAGCUGGCUGAUUGUAUUUUCCCUGUGGUGCUGGCACCGAUUCCACCUCCUAAGAGUGUAGCCGCAACAACCGAGUUUAAGCCGUUCAUCGAGAUGAGCAUGGUGCAACGGAUCAUUCCACACUCCAACGUCAAGCAGUUCAAGUAUUUGCGAGUACUGAUGCAGGAAUUCCACGUCAAGGUGGAUUUGCUGUUUGUGAAUGCUAUUUUCGAGAUGAUCAGUACGGAAAUCACGGAGGCGGAAGCAAAACGUCUUUUCACAGAGGAUCUGAAAGUGCAAACGCAACCGUUGCACGCACAUGUGGCCAUUCAAUCGCAGGCGGAAGUGAAGAACUUCUACGAUAAUCUCCACUUGGGUCCGCUCAAAAUCCACGUGAGCUUUUCGAUGGCCGGCUCGGAAUCGAAGGCCCUACCGGGCAUUCUUUCAACCAUCCUGCAAGGCGUGGGUGUGACACUUACCGACAUCAACGAUGUAGUGUUCCGGCUGGCUUUCUUCGAACGGGAGUUCCAGUUCCUGACACAGCGCCAGCUGGUGUCGGAAUGCGUCACUCACUACAGUGGCCAAGCCGUCAAGCAGCUGUAUGUGCUGGUGCUGGGAUUGGAUGUGAUCGGAAAUCCGUACGGUUUGGUGGUUGGCUUUACGAAGGGCGUCGAGGAUCUGUUCUACGAACCAUUCCAGGGGGCCAUUCAAGGUCCGGGCGAGUUUGCCGAGGGGCUGGUACUCGGUGUUCGGUCACUGUUUGGCCAUACGGUUGGCGGAGCGGCUGGUGCUGUAUCCAAGAUCACCGGAGCCAUGGGCAAAGGUUUGGCCGCGCUAACGUUUGACGAUGAUUAUCAGAAGAAACGACGGGAUGCAUUGAACAAAAAGCCAGCCACCCUGCAGGAAGGCAUUGCUCGCAGUGGCAAAGGGCUGGUGAUGGGAGUAUUCGACGGAGUGACGGGUGUUUUCACCAAACCCAUCAGUGGAGCCAAGGAGGAAGGCGUCGAAGGGUUCUUCAAGGGCCUUGGCAAGGGAGCUGUGGGAUUGGUGGCUCGUCCGAUUGCCGGCGUGACUGAUUUUGCCAGUGGAAGCUUCGAUGCGGUGAAGAGGGCCACCGAACUGUCGGACGAAGCUGCUCGAUUGAGGCCACCGCGGUUCCUGCACAAGGAUGGCAUCGUAAGGCCGUACAACAAAAAGGAGGCCGAGGGAAAUAAGCUGUUGAAGGAUAUUGACAAAGGAAAAUUUACGGCGACUGAUACGUUUGCGUACUACGAGACUGUUGUUGACAAUAAGGAUGUUGUAGUUCUAACAGAUUGCCGCAUAAUCUAUGCUACGAAGAGUGACUUAUUUGGUGGAUGGCAGUGCGAAUGGACCCACCGGUGGACCGAAAUUAUGAGCAUUUCCACGCUAAACGACGGCAUCGAGAUGAUUCUACGCAGCAAGGAUGGAAAGUCAGCCCUGAAGAAGAUGUUCGGUUCGUCUGGGCAUCAGAAGAAGAUCCUGCUCAUUCCGACCGCGUACCGCCGGAACCGUUUGGCCGAAGUGAUGGAACGGUUGCGGCAGCGCGCUGAAUGAUAACUGCCCCUGUGUAUAGAGCCGGAUUCUCAUACCAAGUCUAGUCACAUUGGCCCAGUUUGUUCGGAGCGGGAUGUGAACAAACGAUCAACGAUGUGCGUAUUGUUACACAUUACAUACUUAUAUCGUCUACAUUUGCUUGUGUGGCGACCAUCAAAUUCACUGAGACGCUUUAGCUCGUACCAUGUUUGAUUAUAUUGAACUGUUACAUUUAUAAUCGGUAGAAGUUAGCAAGUUUAUAAUUCAGCGCAGAUUAUCUGCCCGUGAAUAAACUGAGGUGAUAUUUAUUCCAGUUAUAUCAAACAGAAACAUAUGAACGAUUAGAUGGCUUUAGGCUUUAUAUUAUACCAUUGAAUAUUCGCGUCCAUGUAGUUAUUGAGGAUUUAUUUCACCAUCGGACAAUUAGUUUUGCAAAUUAGAUAGCUGACGAAUUUUUUUUUCUUUCUGCGUUAGCAUACCUAAGAACAGACUAUUUUACAUGAGUUUGUCCCCACUUAGAUAACCCAAUCUUAUCCGAUAGUAAAUCAAACCCUCUAUUGUUAUUCAUAUUCGUCAUUUCACAUGAAUCAUGUGCUACAGAUAACUCGUUUUGAUUUUACGAUUAUCUUACCCUCACACUGAGUGGUUGAUGACAGAAUCGUACGAAAAUUGAGACCAAAUAGUUGAUAGAAAUGAUCAGCAUACCACACACGUGGGGAAAUGCUUUGAUAGUAAUCUUAUCUGUAUGUUAACAAAGCCGAAGCAAUCACUUUUAUCCACUGAAAACACGACACGCUACUACCGAAUACGUUUAUCCUACUUUUGUAUCAUGAUGGGUUCGUUCGUUUGUAUGGAAAGUACAAAUAUUCGACUGUUAAAGGGAAACGAUUUAAUUAGAUCGGGUAAUAAUAUAUUAGAAACCUCUAUUAUUGCUUAAUUGCUAGAUUUUUAUUCAUAUAAUUACGAUGAACCUCUUCUUUUUCGGUAUUUUUCUUUUUCUACAUAAAUUCAAUAAAUGUAACAAAAUUAAAA